UACCUACCCAAUCCAUUUGCAGGCUCGCCCUCUUCCUUGUCUUCAGGAACGAUUUCUUUCCAACCAAGGUUGUCCCUACCCGUCAAAGGAGAAGAUUUUACGAUGACGUGCAUCUACUCGCCUCCUUCGACUGGCCGCACCGUACAUUGGAGACAUGAGGGUAUCCAGGUAGCUUAUGAAUCAUGCACUUCUAUGAGCAUCUGUACAACUUCUAUUUCCGAUCCUUCAAAGUACAAGUUAAUGGGAGAUGACCGCAGCACAUCGCUUACAAUAAUCAAUUUGACCACUGAUGACAAUGGGAGAUACACAUGCGGUGUUUUUAACACAGGUUGGCAACGUUCAGCGAAUGAACACUUGGAAGCACUAAAUCCAGUUCCACCAGCAAGGGUCUUUGUAUCUGAUACCCAAUCGGGCUGGCAAUACUUGAACUACGCUAACAUAAGUAUAACUGCUGGAGAUCCGUACAUCAUCACCUGUGGAGCAAAUCGGGCAAGGCCUCCUGCAGUUCUGCAAUGGCUAAUACCAGACGAUGUGACCGUUGUUAAUCACGAUCAGUCUGAUGACAUUCAAGACGGAUAUUACAUCUCUCGUAAAUCUUUGACAAUCACACCCACCAGAAACGAUCACGGAAAGAUCAUCAGCUGCAUCGUAUCACACCAAGAUCUACAAAGGACUAUUAAAUACUUAGUUACUCUAAAUAUUCGUGUUAUGCCAGCCAGUGUGCUGCUCUUUCUAACUGGAGGUAACCAGUCCCAAUCAGCAGUCCUAUACGUUCAAGAAGAUUCACCGACUUCAAUCACUUGUAAAAGCAUCGGGUCAUUCCCAGCGACCGAACUAUCAUUUUGGGUGCCUUACUAUCAUAUUAAAGGGGUGCUUUGGGAGAGUUGA